AUGUCUUCCAACAGCCUCGAGGAGGUCCGCAGAUCGGAUUUGAUAUCUGAGGCUCAAAGAAUUGCCAAAGAAUUCGAGUUCCCUGCGGAAGAUGUUCGCCGUGCAACUACCCACUUCUUGAAGCAGCUUAAUGAGGGCCUUCAGAAGGACGGCACAUCAAUGUGCCAGAUCCCAUCGUAUGUCACCAAGCUACCAAACGGCUCUGAAAAGGGCGUCUGCUUGGCCAUCGACUUGGGAGGAACCAACUUGAGAUCAAAGGUGACUAUUCCGCGUCAUCUCAUGCUGGCGCCAAGAUAUAAGGAUCUGUUCAGAUUCAUAGCGCUGCAAACUAAAGCUUUUAUGGAAAAGCAUCAUGCAUCGGACCUCGAGAGUUGGGAAACUCUCGUGAAGGACGGUGGCCUCACGGAUGAGCUGAGACGCUCGCAUUCCAAGAGUCUGGGGUUUACUUUCAGCUUCACCUUCGACCAGCACGCACUCAAUAAAGGCGAGUUGCUGUACUGGACAAAGUCUUUCGACAUACCUGAUGCUGUUGGGCGGGAUCCCUGUGCCAUGCUCCAAGAAGCUCUCGACGAGCAAGAACUUCCAUUGCUGGUAACUGCGCUUGCAAACGACACUGUCGGAACAUUGGCAGCGCGUGCUUACACCUCUCCCGGGAGGUCAAGUACCGUUGUUGGCGCCAUUUUUGGAACGGGCACAAAUGGCGCGUACAUGGAACGCCUCUCCCGGAUUACGAAGCUCCAUUCUCGCCAAGGAACCUCGAAGUACGAGCCUGACGCAAUGAUGGCUCUGAAUACGGAGUGGGGUGGAUUCGACAACAAGCUGGAAGUGCUGCCGACAACAAGAUUCGACCGAGAGCUUGACCAAGAAUCAGUCAACCCAGACGAUCAACAUUUCGAGAAGCGCAUCUCCGGCAUGUAUCUCGGCGAGCUGCUGAGGCGGAUACUGGUCCACCUUCUCAGUUCACACAAAGAGGCCUUCGACAUGGAAGUAGCACCCGAGUCUGCUGUUCAUGUCGCCGACAGUAUCGACAGCUCGUUGCUGUCUUCAGUUGUGAAGGACUCAACCGAGAGCUUGGAAAUUGCACGUGAACAGAUCUCGACAAUACUCUGCGCCACAAAUGUAUCGAUGUCAGAUGCACGAGCUAUCAGGAUCCUCUCCGAGGCAAUUGGACUUCGCGCCGCGAGACUGUCAUCGGUUGCCAUCGCGGGUGUUGCGCUGCAGUCCGGAAGGCUCGUCUCGAAGGCGACCGUCAAAUCAACUGCAGCACCGUGGGGCAUGGGCAUUCAUAUCCUGGCCCCUUUGUUCUACGGCAUGAGAAGUGCUUGGCAGGUGCUGGCCAAGUGGUUCCGCAUCAAAGUUCAUAUCAAGUUUCCAGCCAAAGAUUCAUCACCGACGUACCCGGAGUCAGAGCAUGAAGCAGGUGCGGUCUCUCACGAUGCGGAAGAAGGCGUCAUUGACAUUGGCGUCGAUGGUUCUCUAAUCGAGCAUUUCCCAAACUUUGAGGAAAACAUCAGAGUAGCUUUGCGGGAAGUACCUGAGAUCGGCGGUGAAGGCGAGAAGCGUAUCAAGAUCGGCAUGGCAAGAGAUGGCAGUGGUGUUGGCGCUGCAUUAAUCGCAUGGGCGGCAAGGACAUGA